GUCAUGCCGUUGUUGCCGUUGUUCCUCCUCCGUGGACCGGUUGACCGUCACCGUCGCCUGGGCCUUCUUCCGUCCGUGUUGUCCUCCGCGGGGCUCCGUGUCGGGGCCCGAGUCUGAGCGUUUGUUGUCGGCGGAAUGAAGCCCACAUAGCGGCUCCGGAGCCCCCCCUCCACCGUGUGUCCUCCUCCCACGGAGCUGGGCUCGUCCGUCCGCCCGCAGACAUGAGGGAUCCACGGGUCGAUGUGGCGCUGAUGUUCGGUCUGUUCCUGGAGUGUGUCGAUGCUAAGAAGUACUGCUGGUAUUUCGAGGGUGGAUACCCCAUCUACUUUAUAUGUCGUUCCUAUGAGGACUGCUGUGGGACUCGUUGCUGUGUUCGGGCCCUGUCCAUCCAGAGACUGUGGUACUUCUGGGUUCUGCUGAUGAUGGGUGUGUUGUUCUGCUGCGGCGCCGGCUUCUUCAUCCGUAGAAGGAUGUACCCGUCCCCCCUGAGAGAAGAACCGGCCUUCAACGUGUCCUUCACCAGACACCCCGUCACCUCCCCAGUUUCGCAGCAGCCUGGCAGUAUGGUGGGCUUUGGGGUCAAUGGGAUGACCGGGGACCCGGGGGUUCCCAUGAUCCACCCCGCCUACCCGGCCCAGCCUGGCUCCGCCCACAUGAUGAUGAGCUCCUACCCUCCGCCUCCGUCCUACUGCAACCACCCACCACCGCCCUACGAACAAAUAUUCCACAACAGCGACAAGAAGUAACGUCCACCACAGAAAGGACGAACGGACCUGGACUUUAUGGACCAAGGAUGAUAAACAUGGUGUUGAGUGAAAAAGAACCACAGAGGCAGAACCACAGAGGCAGAACCCCAGCAGAACCACAGAGGCAGAACCACAGCAGAACCACAGAGGCAGAACCACAGAGGCAGAACCACAGCAGAACCACAGCUGAACCACAG